AUGACACUCCCGCACACGGAGGGCGAAGACGGCAGCCCAGAGGGACCACUGCCAACACCUCCAACUCCAUUGGUGCCUCUGGGCAACAACAUUUUCCUGUUUGAACCCAGUGUCCCGUCAGCGGCACACGACAAGAUCAGUGGCAGUGGCAGCGCCAGCGGAUGCCCGCCGCCAUCCCUGAUCAUUCUCUGCACGUGGCUUGGGGGCGCGACCACGCCACGGGUCGCCAAAUACGUCGAGGGCUACCGGAAAGCAUUUCCCGAUGCGACCCUUGUCUUGGUCCGUACAGUCUUGACCGAUAUCUCGGCUCGCUCGUUUGCGGCCGUCCGUUCUCGGCUGCGGCCAGCCCGAGACGCCAUCAUCAAGGCGUUGCAGCCGCCGCCGACGACAACUCGGACUACCGAGUCCAGCACCACCAAUCCUGUCAUUCCUCAGGCCCUGCUCCACAUGUUUUCCCACGGCGGCUGCAAUACGGCCAUACAACUGGCCCUGUCCAUAUCCGAGGUGGCCGGCACUCUUCUGUGCGACCACCUGCGCCAGAUUGUCUUCGACUGCUGCCCGGGCGACACUUCAUUCGCCAAGGCCUUCAAUGCGGCGGCUUUGUCACUGCCCGCUACCAGCUCGGCUCCCAUCCGAGCGCUCGGCACGGCUGCCGUAUUCGCGGCUGUGGCCACCAUCACGGCGCUGCAAAAGGCCGGCUUCAUGUCCUCAGUCAACGAUAUGCGGCGUGAGCUGAACAAGCCAACCCUGUUCGGCACCGCCGCCCGUCGGCUCUAUCUCUUCUCCCGUGCUGACCGCAUGGUGGGACCCGCUGACGUUCAAUCCCAUGCCCAGCUCGCGCGAGAAGCUGGAUGUGAGGUUGGGCUUGUGCUCUUCCGAGAGGCACCCCACUGUGCACUCGUCACCGAGGACGCUACCAAAUAUUGGCAUGCCAUCCAAGGCUGCUGGAUGGGGGAGUCUCUGCCACAACUAAAUGGCGAGUCAAAGCUGUGA